CCGCGCGCGGCCGGCGAUGCUGGGGGACAGCUCUGGGCCCCGGGAGCGCGAAGCGGAGGGCGCCGGGGCGGCGGCUGUGCCUGCGCCUCCUGCCAUCGACUUCCCCGCCGAGGGCUCGGACCCCAAGUAUGAUGAGUCUGAUGUGCCAGCGGAACUCCAGGUGUUAAAAGGACCGCUGCAGCAGCCAACUUUCCCUUUUGCCGUUGCAAACCAACUGUUGCUUGUUUCUUUGCUGGAGCACUUGAGCCAUGUGCAUGAGCCAAAUCCAGUUCGUUCAAGACAGGUGUUCAAAUUACUCUGUCAAACCUUUAUCAAGAUGGGGCUGCUAUCUUCUUUCACCUGUAGUGAUGAAUUCAGCUCCCUGAGACUACAUCACAACAGAGCUAUUGUUCAUUUAAUGCAGUCAGCUAAAGAGAGAGUUCGUCAGGAUCCUCGUGAGGAGAAUUCUCGUAUCCAGAAAAUUAGACCAAGAGAAGUAGCCUUUGAAGCACAAACCUCACGUUACUUAAACGAAUUUGAAGAGAUUGCCAUCUUAGGAAAAGGUGGCUAUGGAAGAGUAUACAAGGUCAGGAAUAAAUUAGAUGGCCAGUAUUAUGCAAUUAAAAAAAUCCUGAUUAAGGGUGCAACUAAAACAGAUUGCAUGAAGGUACUACGGGAGGUGAAGGUGCUGGCGGGUCUGCAGCAUCCUAACAUUGUAGGCUACCACACUGCUUGGAUAGAACAUGUCCAUGUGGCCCAACCACAAGACAGACCUUCUAUUCAGCUGCCCUCUUUGGAAAUGCUCUCCGACCAGGAAGACGACAGAGAUCAAUACGAAUUUAAAAAUGAUGACAGUAGCAGCUCAUCCAUUAUCUUUGCUGAGUUAACCUCAGACAAAGAAAAAGCCUUUGGAGAAUCUGGCUUUGAAAAUCGAAGUAACAGAUUGGUGAACUGUUCCACCAAUUUAGUCCCAAGAGAUGCCCGCGAAUUUGAAUCAUCCGUUGAACUACAAGAACAUGGCUUGUCAAUUACUGAACAUCAGCUGCCGCUUGGGCAUGACUCAGACCUGAAGGAGAAUUUCACAUUCACUGAGGAAUCUUCUGAAGAAAAUGUAAACUUGUUUGGGCGGACAGAGGUGCAGUACCACCUGAUGCUGCACAUCCAGAUGCAGCUGUGUGAGCGCUCGCUGUGGGACUGGAUUACCGAGAGGAACAGGAGGGGCGGGGAGUGUGUGGACGAGUCGUCUUGUCCUUACGUUAUGGUCAGCGUUGCAACAAAAAUUUUUCAAGAAUUGGUGGAAGGUGUAUUUUACAUACAUCACAUGGGAAUUGUGCAUAGAGACUUGAAGCCCAGAAAUAUUUUUCUUCAUGGCCCUGAUCAGCAGGUAAAAAUAGGAGACUUUGGUCUGGCCUGCACUGACAUCCUACAGAAAAACACAGACUGGACCAAUAGAAAUGGGAAGGGAAUGCCGACGCAUACUUCCAGAGUGGGAACUUGUCUAUAUGCUUCCCCCGAGCAGUUGGAAGGAUCCCAGUAUGAUACCAAGUCAGAUAUGUAUAGCUUGGGUGUAAUUCUGCUAGAGCUCUUUCAGCCAUUUGGAACAGAAAUGGAACGAGCAGAAGUUUUAGCAGGUUUAAGAAUUGGUCAGAUACCCACAUCCCUCAGUAAAAGGUGUCCAGUACCAGCCAAGUAUAUCCAGCACUUAACCAGAAAGAAUUCAUCCCAGCGACCAUCUGCCGUUCAGCUGCUACAAAGUGAACUUUUCCAGAAUUCCGGAAAUGUUAAUCUUACCCUACAGAUGAAGGUAAUAGAGCAAGAAAAAGAAAUUGAAGAACUAAAGAGGCAGCUGAGUCUCCUCUCUCAGGACAAAGGGGUUUCAGGAUGCCAUAAGCGAAAAAAAGUCGUUGACUCCGGGGGCCCCCCGCGGAGCCGGGUCUCUCCAAAGCCGGCCGGCCGGCGCGGGGAGCUGGCGGCCGCGCCCUUUCCAUGCCGGUCGGGACGCAGCGGUGGGGGCUGGGGUAAGGGCCGCGCCGCUCUCUCCUACCUGCACGUGGCCCGCGUCUGGCGCAGGGCAGCCGCUCCGGCCGUGUACGUUAGGGAGCCGGUACAUGCACGUUGGAAGCUCUACGCGGAGAGGAGCGCCGCCUCCGUGGUAGGGUUUUACCUGGUACAUCGGCAUCGCGGCAACCCAAGGAGGGAAGCUGGACAGAGACGGACACGAACGCACAGAAACCGUCAAAGGCCACGACGGACUGCGGACGUUUGGGAAGGCGCCGUCCGGCCUCUCUAAUUGGUUGGAGCCCUUUCGACACAACCAAUCAGCGAAAAGGAUAUAGGGAAACUUCCGCCUCCUCGGCCGGAAAGGGCGGGGCACAGUCGCCGAGGCAGCCGAUGGGCGGCUGGGAGGCGGGGCCCUUGUGGGAGCAGCGGCAGCGGGAACCUUGCGGCUCGCAGAAGCUGGUCGCGUUCUGUAUCCAUGGAGCGAGCUGAGGGUUCCAGUACAGAACUUGCGAAGGCCAUCAAACCUAUCGAUCGGAAGUCAGUCCAUCAGAUUUGUUCUGGGCAAGUGGUACUGAGUCUAAGUACUGCCGUGAAGGAGUUGGUAGAAAACAGUGUGGAUGCAGGUGCCACUAAUAUUGAGCUGAGACUUAAAGACUAUGGGGCGGAUCUCAUUGAAGUUUCAGACAAUGGAUGCGGGGUAGAAGAAGAAAACUUUGAAGGCUUAACUUUGAAGCAUCAUACUUCUAAGAUUCAAGAAUUUGCUGAUCUCACUCAUGUUGAAACGUUUGGCUUUCGGGGAGAAGCUCUGAGCUCACUUUGUGCACUCAGUGAUGUAACUAUUUCUACCUGUCACACGACUGCAAAGGUUGGGACUCGACUGGUGUUUGAUCACAGUGGGAAAAUUGUUCAGAAAAGCCCUUACCCACGGCCAAGAGGGACCACGGUCAGCGUGCAGCAGUUAUUUUAUACGCUCCCUGUGCGCCAUAAGGAAUUUCAGAAGAAUAUUAAAAAGGAGUAUGCCAAAAUGAUCCAAGUCUUACACGCCUACUGUAUCAUUUCAACAGGCGUUCGUUUAAGUUGCACCAAUCAGAUUGGACAAGGAAAACGGCAGCCUGUAGUCUGCACCAGCGGAAACUCCAACAUAAAGGAAAAUAUUGGAUCUGUGUUUGGACAGAAGCAGUUGCAAAGCCUCAUUCCUUUUGUUCAGCUGCCCCCUAGUGAGUCUGUUUGUGAAGAGUAUGGUCUGCACUCUUCAGAAGCUCUACAGAAUCUCUUUUGCAUUUCAGGUUUCAUUUCACAUUGCACUCAUGGUGUUGGAAGAAGUUCAACUGACAGACAGUUUUUCUUUAUCAAUCGGCGGCCUUGUGACCCAGCAAAGGUUUCCAGACUUGUGAAUGAGGUCUAUCACAUGUAUAAUCGACACCAGUAUCCUUUUGUUGUUCUUAACAUUUCUGUUGAUUCAGAAUGUGUCGAUAUCAAUGUUACCCCAGAUAAAAGGCAAAUUUUACUACAAGAGGAGAAGCUUUUGUUGGCAGUUUUAAAGACGUCUUUGGUAGGAAUGUUUGAUGGUGAUGUAAACAAACUUAACGUCAGUCAGCAGCCACUGUUGAAUAUUGAAGGGAAAGUCGUGAAAACGCACUCGGUGGAGAUGGAAAAGCCUUUGCCAGAUAAACAGGAGAGCCCUGCUUUGUUCCGGACUCAAGGAGAAGAAAAACGGGCAGUGACUAUUUCCAGACUGAGGGAGGCCUUUUCUCUUCAUCACACAGCAGAGUCCCAGCCUCAGGGCCUGAGAACUCCUGAGCCGAAACAGGGUGCUCCUGGGCCAAAAACAAGAGUACCAUUUUCUAGCACGUCAGAUACGCUGCACUCCCAGAAGCCUGUCUCUGGCAGGGGCGUGUGUAGCCCUCAGGACGAGGGUGUGCAUCCAGGCGAGGGCCCCUGCAACCACAGGGACACGGUGGAGAUGGAGAAGGACUCGGGGCACAGCAGCACCUCAGCGGGUUCAGAGGUGGAGGACAGUACCCCAGAGACGGGCAGCCACUUCAGUAGUGACCAGGCAACCAGCUCCCCUGAAGAUGGAGUUUCACAAGAAAAGGUAAAAUCAUGUGAGAAAUCACCUGAAAUGGACCGUCCUUUUUCAGAUGUGGAAUGCCACACAGACCAGGAAGAUACUGGGUAUAAAUGUAGGCUUUUGCCUCAGCCUACUAGCAUCUCAUCCUCAAACAUAAAGCGUUUUAAAAAAGAAGAAAUUUCUUCAAAUUCUGACGUUCCUCAAAAGUCGAUUAAUCCUGAAAACAGUUCAGUAUCUCUGGUUGAUGUAGCCAUUAAGAUUAAUAAGAAAAUUGUGCCUCUUGACUUCUCCAUGACCUCUUUAGCUAAGCGAAUAAAGCAGUUACAUCAGCAAGGACAGCAAAGAGAAGACAAACAGAAUUACAGGCGAUUUAGGGCAAAGAUCUGCCCUGGAGAAAAUCAAGCAGCAGAAGAUGAGCUAAGAAAAGAGAUAAGUAAAACAAUGUUUGCAGAAAUGGAAAUCAUUGGUCAGUUCAACUUGGGAUUUAUAAUAACUAAACUGAAUGCGGAUAUCUUCAUAGUGGACCAGCAUGCGACAGAUGAGAAAUACAACUUUGAGAUGCUGCAGCAGCACACCGUUCUCCAGGGCCAAAAGCUUAUUAUACCUCAGACUCUCAAUUUAACUGCAGUCAAUGAAGCUGUUCUGAUAGAAAAUCUGGAAAUUUUUAGAAAGAAUGGCUUUGACUUUCUGAUCGACGAAGAUGCUCCAGUCACUGAAAGAGUAAAGUUGAUUUCCUUGCCAACUAGUAAAAACUGGACCUUCGGACCCCAAGAUAUCGAUGAGCUGAUCUUUAUGCUGAGUGACUGCCCUGGGGUCAUGUGCCGACCUUCCCGAGUACGGCAGAUGUUCGCCUCCAGAGCCUGCCGGAAGUCUGUGAUGAUUGGAACAGCUCUUAACACAAGUGAGAUGAAGAAGCUCAUCACUCACAUGGGCGAGAUGGACCAUCCCUGGAACUGCCCCCAUGGGAGACCAACCAUGAGACACAUUGCCAAUUUGGAUGUCGUUUCCCAAAACUAAUCACCGUUCUUAUUUUACAGAAUUACAGAUUGUGUUGCAGAGUCUUUGCUUUUGAAAGGCAGUGUUUUAAUUAACAAACCUUACCUCGGGUAUUGCUUGCAACAGUUUUUUGUUACACGGUAAAGAACACGUUAUAAAAUAAGGACCAUGGAAGCUCCCCAGGCCUCUGCUCCGGUCUGAUGUAGUUUAGUCUCAACUUUCAGCCUUUUAUAAUGAUUAAAUUCCUGUUGGUUUAAUUUCAUGGAUUUAAAAUUAUAGUCCUUUUGGGUUCAUGGUUCUCAACCGUGAUGCGCAUGAAAUUUUAAAAAUAAUGUAAAAACACAAAGGGGCUACUGGCCCACUGGAAGAAAAAGACUGAGUGGGACCCAGGUAACUAUUCGUAAAUGUUCCCCAGUGCAGCCAGGGUGGCAAAGCCCCGUUCUAGGCAGGGGGAAAUAAAAGAUUUUGAAUGUUACUCUAACUUCCAUGCUGUGAUUUGGUUUCCUCGUGUGUAACCUUUGCUUUUGUGUCUGUGUGCUUUCGACUCCAACUCAUACAGACCCCAUGUGACAGAGUAGAAUUGCCCCAUAGGGUUUCCUAGGCUGAAAUCCUUACAGGAGCAGUUGCCAGGUCUUUUCUCCCUCGGAGCCAUUGGUGGGUUCUGGGUUCAAACACUGUCCACCUUUCGACCUUUCGGUUGGCAGCCAAGUGCUUAACCGUUUCACCACAAGGGCUCCUUGUGUGACCUUGGGUUGUUCUAAUCACUGGCCUUGAGCGAUACCGGGCAUACAAUCCCUGUAGUCUUGGUAAACAGUUUUUUAUGGAGUCGUGUCACAUUUGAACUCUGCCAAAAAUGGACAAGUGCUGUCUGUGGAGUCCAAAAAGCAAUUGGAGUACAGUGAGGACACAUGUGGGCCCCCAGCCCUCACCUCACCCCAGACCACGGGUCUCCUAAGGAAGGGGCUUGCAUCCCUAAACUUAAAGUUCCUUCGAUGUAACAACGAGUAAUUAUUGCCACUUACUACACCAGGCUCUAUGCUGGUGAGCCAUCUGCAUGUCUCCUUUAAUAAGCACAGGAACCCAGCACGUUAGGCAGAACAAUAAUCCCGGCAAAGAUGGCCGCGUCCUAAUCCCCAGCUGCUGUGAGGAUUUUGUGUCACUUGGCAAACGGGGUUCUGCAGGUGUGAUUAAGGAGCUUGAGACUGGAGAGUGGGCUCGGUUACCCAGGUGGGCCCUGUCCCCCAGGUGGGCCCUGUCCAAUCACACCAGUUCUUAACAGUGGAGACCCUUUGGCAGCUGGGCCAGGGAGACUUUGAAGAUGGAGGAAGGGCCGCCAGCCCCGGAAUACAGGGCCCCCUAGAAGCUGGGAGAGGCAAGGAAGCUCCACGGGGAACCGUCCGGUCGGACUUCUGACAUAGCUGCACGGUAAUGAAUUGGUGUUGCUGUGAGCCACCAAGGUUGUGAUAAUUGUUAGGGCAGCAGUGGAAAACCAAUGCGUGAAUUAUUCCCGUUUCACGGUGAAGAAACAGGCUAGGAGGCUACCCCGCAAUUAGCCGAACUGGGAGUAUCCUGGUCAAGUGCAUCCAACUCCAGAGCCCAGCUCUUUCCACUCUGCCUUCUGGGCCAGGACAAGAUAACUGAUUUU